GCGACGGCGCUCGUUGGCGGGCAGACGCGCAUAAAGCAAGCGGAGCAGCUGAUCGAGCACAGAAACGAAAGGGAUAGCGCAACAAGAGAGCGUGCGCGCAAGAGAGAGAGAGAGAGAGACAGACAGAUAGCGAGUGAUAGAGAGAGAGAGAGAGAGAGAGAGGGGGAGCGAGGGGGAGCGAGGGGGAGCGAACGAGAGCGCAAUGCUAAAAAUAUUAGUGCACAAAUUUGAUUUAAAUAAUUUGAAGGCACAUGAAAUUUGUGUGUUGUCAUUGUUAAUAUUGUAAAAGAAGAACAAAAAUUUAGCGUGCUCGUUGCUGUUGCUGUUGUUGUUGUUGUUGUUGUUGUUUUUGUUGAAAGUGGCACAGUGGAGCACUCAAAUGUCAAGGGAAAAGAACAGCAAGCGGUAGGCGACAGGCAGCGGAAGAGUCAAACUAAAAAUAAAAACGCCAAGACUGAGAAAGCACUAAAAAGAAAGCACGCCCAAGAAAGCGGGCGUGGGCAGCAAACAAAACAGCAAAGCAUAUAAACUAUAUGUGAAUGUAUGUGUGUAUGUAUAUAUAUACUGCCAGCAUAGUUGAGAGAUAAACAAUAAAUAAGUUGGCAAUUGGCCAGGACGGGGAGACACGGGAAUGCAGCUAACAGUGGACUAGACCACAAAUCGCAACAACAGACAGCAAACAGGUGGGAAGAGGCAUCGACAACAACCGCAUUGGGAUUAUUAAACGCUGCUGUGACUCAGAGCCCAGAGCAAUGUCAAAGCAGCAGAGGCAUAAGCAUCAUCAGCAUCAACAAGCAACCACAUCCCACUACGAACAGGAACAGGAACAGGAACAGGAAGAGGAACAGCAAGCGGAACAGGAAUACGAUCCACUUGCCAAUCUGUUGAGUUUGCAAUUGAAAAAACCGACACACUGGAACUGGGAGCUGAGCACAUCGCGCAGUUGCAGUAACAUUGCCUUGCCACGGAUACUGCUAUACGAUCAUACGGGUGCACUGCUCCUGGAUGCGGAUGGCCACAAGGAGCAGACAUAUCGAGCGCCCAGCUCUAUUAAAGGAGAUCGCAGGCGGAAACGAGCAGCGACCGCUAAUCUCAGCCAGAGUCUGCAGCAGGCGCGACUGCCCAGCGAGUUUAAUGGCCUGCGCAUCGCUGAGGCGACGCCAACACCCACAUCCACACCCACAACCACACCCAAGCCCAGAAGACAGCAACAGCUCGCUGGCAGCUGUAUUGACUUUAGCACCCAUGAACUGCCCGACUGGCAGCCACACGGAACAUCCGCAGGCAGUUCGCGUCGUUCCAGCUCGUUGCGUGGCGUACGCUUCGAGGAUCAAGCGCUGCAGUCGCAGCUGGGUGAGCAAUUGGAGCAGCGUGGACAGGCGACGGCAUAUCCCACACCGCCAUCCACCUCGACGCUGACAACAACGGCGAAUUCCUCAUCGUCGGGACCGCGUGAGAAGCGUCGCUAUCGACGCUCCCAGAGUUCCGGACAGCGUUCGAUAUUAGAGCGUUUCAGCAUGUCGCGGGGACGGCACUCCUCGCCCGAGUAUGUGAUCCAGGAGCACAGAGUGGAGCAUGGCCCACGCUAUUUUCUGCGCAGCAGCAAAGCCGGCACACUUGUCAUCCAGGAUGACAGCUUUAGUCGCGUGCGGCAGCGCCGCCGUCGGCAGCGGCACCAUUCCUCCAGCGAGAACAACAUGCACCAGCCGCAACAGGACCAGGCCAGCAAUGGCGUCGCGCAGGUCGCGGCGCGCAGACGUCCACAACAACGGGCGGCGACACUACUGGCGGAGACUACAUCGGAUGAAGAGGCAUACACACACAGACAGCCACCUCCAACAAGGCAGUCACGCUGCCGUCGCACUGAUCGCAGCUGCCUCAAGGAUGUGCUAUCACAAGAGCUUAUCACGAUCGAUCCGGACAAUUGUGUUCAUCGAACGGCGCCUGGUGCCACGUGACGAUGACGUCAUUGGGCCAAGUAGACAGUAAAUCGUGUUGGCUUCAAUUAAAUAUUAUAUAUGUAAAAGCGAUGCCAAAAAUUAAAUGAAAUGGAAUAUAAACAAAAUGAUAAAUGAG